UCAUCGACAAGCAACAUCCGCACUUUUUCUGCCUCCACGUCUCUUCUUGCACUUUCUAUAAAUAAACUCGCCAUGAAAUCAUACCAUCUUCACGCUUCGCCCUCCUCCUCCUUCCUCAUCUUGUUUUUGGGCCAACAGAGUUCUUCCUCCUCCUUCUUUGCGGCGAUCAUUUGGGAAAGAAUAAUCAAGGAGGAGGAGGAGGAGCGAGAGGACGAGAAAGACGACGGGAAAUGGUGAAGUUCUCGAAGGAGCUCGAAGCUCAGCUGAUUCCGGAAUGGAAAGAGGCCUUCGUCAAUUACUGGCAACUGAAGAAGCACGUGAAGAAGAUCAAGCUCUCGAGAAAGCCCACCAAACCCUCUCAUCCAGAGGCACUGAUCAAAUGGGGUCUUGCCAGCUCCACUUUCAUCGACCCGGUUCGCUCUGCGGCGAAGAAAAUUGCAGACAGGUUUCGCAGCUCCGCCGGCGAUAACGACACCGUCACUCAAGUCGUGAUUCGGGUGAGGAGCGAGAACUUGGAGAAUGGACAGGUAGAGGACGAAGCGUGUGAAACCGGACUCACUAAGCUGUUCGAUGAAGAACACGAGGUGAGAGUGUUCUUUGAGGCACUGGACGAAGAGCUUAACAAGGUGAACCAGUUUUACGAGAGCAGGGAGAGAGAGUUUCUGGACAGAGGAGAGGAGCUCGAAAAACAGCUGCAGAUCUUGCAAGACCUCAAGAGAAUAUUGAGCGAGAGGCGACGCAGGAGUUCAUCGUCGCUAAAGGCAAAUGGCAACAACGAGGGAAGCCUCUCGCGGUCUUCUUCUGGCCGUGACUCUGAUUUCUCAUCAGAGAGCUCUGGCGACCUCCUCAAUGAGAACUCCAUGGAAGCCUUAGAGGAGCAAGGUCAUGAGGUUGCCACCCUAGAGAACAAUGGAGCGAGUUAUAUGAACUCAUUGACGAGGUCAUCAUCAAGGCCAAAGCAGACAGGCAAGCCCAAGAUGGGCAUGAUGAAGAGGAUCCCAAGCACAACAGCAGCAGGCGCAAUCACGGCUCUCACAACAAUGCUGUGGGAUGACCUUGUUAACAACAGGAACAGGAAAAAGGAUGGCACAAAAGAUUACAGCAUGAGUAAGAAGAAGAUUCAGUGUGCUGAGAAGAUGAUUAGAGGCGCUUUCGUGGAGCUCUACAGAGGGCUUUUUCUGCUGAAAAACUACAGCUCAUUAAAUUUGAUGGCUUUUACGAAGAUUUUAAAGAAAUUCCACAAGGUUGCAGGUCCACAAGCAUCCACAAAUUAUCUAAAAGAAGUGAAGAAAUCCCACUUUGUCAGCUCAGACAAGGUUAUUAGACUAAUGGACGAAGUGGAGUCCAUGUUCACCAAGUACUUCACCAACAAUGACAGGAAAAAGGCCAUGAAGUUCUUAAGACCACACCAGCAAAGAGAUUCUCACAUGGUUACAUUUUUCGUUGGAUUACUCACAGGAUGUUUCGUCACAUUGUUUAGCUUAUACGCAAUACUAGCGCACCUAACUGGCGUUUUCUCCUCCAAAGCCUAUCCUAAUUACGUGGACAUUGUGUACCCUGUGUUCAGUGCCUUUGCAUUGUUCAGCUUGCACCUGUUAAUGUAUGGAUGCAACCUCUUUGCGUGGAAGCAAACUCGAAUCAACUGCAACUUCAUAUGCGAAUUCUCGCCCACCACGGCGCUCAAGUACCGAGAUGCGUUCCUCAUCUGCACCACCUCCAUGACGACCGUGGUCGGCAUGAUGGUCGUUCACCUCCUCCUGCGCACCAAUGGUUUCUCGUCAAUCCGGGCUGACCCCAUCCCGGGAGUCCUCCUUCUGGUUUAUAUAUUGCUGCUGGUAUGUCCGUUCAAUGUCUUCUAUUGUCCGACUCGGUACUGUUUCAUUCGGGUCAUACGUAACAUUAUCUGCUCUCCUUUCUGCAAGGUUUUGAUGGUAGACUUUUUCAUGGCUGACCAACUAACCAGUCAGAUCCCAUUACUGAGGCACAUGGAAUCGACAGCCUGCUAUUUUCUCGCUGGAAGCUUCAGAACACACCAAUAUGAGACCUGUAAAUCAGGGCGAUUUUAUAGAGAACUCGCUUACGUGAUCUCAUUCUUGCCGUACUAUUGGCGUGCCAUGCAGUGUGCGAGAAGAUGGUUUGACGAGGGCGAUGCAAACCAUCUGGCAAACAUGGGGAAGUAUGUUUCAGCGAUGGUGGCAGCUGGAGCAAGGCUCACGUAUGCCCGUCAGGAGGGGAUGCCAUGGCUGAUAGUAGUCGUGGUGACCUCGACAGUGGCUAUGUUUUAUCAGCUCUAUUGGGAUUUCAUCAAAGAUUGGGGUGUCCUUAACCGAAGAUCCAAGAAUUCUUGGCUCAGAGAUGAUCUAAUCCUCAACAACAAAAGCAUUUAUGUCAUUUCUAUCGCUUUGAACACGGUUCUGAGGUUUGCUUGGGUAGAGACGGUUCUGCGAUUCCGUGUGGGAGUUGUCGAAUCGCAUUUGCUAGAUUUGUUCCUGGCUUCAUUGGAAGUGAUUCGUCGAGGACACUGGAACUUCUACAGAUUGGAGAAUGAACAUUUGAACAAUGUCGGGAAGUUCCGAGCAGUGAAGACGGUUCCUUUACCAUUUAGAGAGAUGGACUCGGACGACUGAAUUAAGCCACUAGACUGAGGCAAAGCUGUCAUACUUCACUUACAUUUAGAGGCAAACCAUGAGAAAUUCUGCUGCUGCCCCCAAGCAUUAAGCGCUAAUAAACUUCUGCUUCAAUUGUAAGUGUGUGUACAAGUCGGUUUAUCAAUUUAUGUAUGUAUAGAACAAGGUCAGAUCGUUAGUCACAAAGGUGUCCCAACUCCACGUGUAAGAGAAUGAAGGAUGCCAAGCGUGUUCAUUCAUUGGGUUGCAUAUGCGAGCA